AUGUCAAAUCUAUCUCCUGAGGAGAUAGCCGAACUGGCGAAAGAAGAUAAUGGCCCCAAGACUAGAGCGAUUGCAUACUCCUUCACUGUAACUGCUGUCAUUUGCGUCUCUCUCCGGAUGUAUACUCGUAUCAGAUACCUCGGAAGAUCGCUUGGAUGGGAAGAUUACACAAUCGGUGCAUCGAUAAUCUGUGCUAUCAUAACGGCAGUCUUUCAAAUACUGCAGUUUAAUGCCGGUGGUGGACGUCACGCUGUCACCAUUCCAUUUCCAGAUGGCUUAGUGCCCAUCUUGAAGAACCUCUAUAUUAGUAUCAUCUUCUACAACUUGAGCCUUACCUUGACCAAGGUCUCGAUCUUAUUACAAUAUGGGAGGAUAUUUACGGUGCGGGAGAUGCGUAUCCCAUUACGCAUCGUCAUGGCAAUGUGCAUCUCGUAUGGCAUAGCCGUCAUUUGCACUCUUUGGUAUUCACAUGCCGGCUUUAAUAUCCUAAUCGAUGUCCUUGUCGCCACCCUACCCGUUCGCGUCAUCUGGAAAUUGCAAAUUCCCAAACAGCAGAAGAUCGCGUUGCUAUCUAUUCUCACCAUCGGUUGGUUCGUCUGUGUUGUAUCUAUCCUACGACUACACGCCCUCACUGUCAUGGUCGCAAACCCGCAGGACACCACUUGGUAUAGCGCUGCAUCCGCGUACUGGUCCACCAUUGAGAUGAACAUGGCCAUCCUAUGCGCAUCGCUCCCUGCACUGAAACCUCUACUUGUCAACAUCAUCCCUGGUUUCGCCUCGCGGACUACAAGCCGAGGGUACGGUCCAAACAGUGGUCGGAGGCCCAGUUUCCCCUUUGCCACGAUCGGCGGUUCAAAAGCAAAGCGCACGGUGGACGAGGAGUUGGAAAUGGAGCCGAAGAGGACUAUCAAUACUCAAGUGUACCCAUCUGCGAGCAACACAAGUGUACAUGGAAAAGACAUUUACGUCACUCGGCAAUUCGAGCAGCACUGCCAUUUCGACAGGGAUGUUCAUAAUAGUGACAGUGAAAGUCAGAAGGAUUUGGCUGAUAGCGAGAGCCAGAAGGGCCUCGUGGAAGAGCCGCCAAAAGUCUAUGAGAAGCGGUAA